AGAAAACGGAGAUCGAAAAUCAUAUACAAACGACCAAAGACGUUUUUCGUUUUUAGUUUUGGACCCUGCGGUGCGCUUCUUAGCUCACGUUUGUAAGCAAAGUCGGAGUGCUCUGGGCUGAACUGCGCUCACGCAAUCCGAUUGCCCAUCCAUCUCUGCCGUUCUAAGCAACAACGCGGCGGGCGCUAUAUCUCUUCCACACUCAAUUCGCCACACCCGUAGCUCCCAUUAAUGGCGGAUCCACCGAAAAAAGUCGUGAAAGACGAGGUGCUCACAUACACCUACAUUCUUCUCUACAUUGCUCUCUCCAGCGGUCAGAUCUUCUUCAACAAGUGGGUUUUGUCAUCAAAAGAAAUAAACUUCCCUUAUCCUCUUGCCUUGACUCUACUCCACAUGGUCUUCUCCUCUGUGGCAUGUUUUUUGCUAACAAAGGUUUUCAAGAUUAUGAAAGUUGAGCCUGGAAUGACACUGGAAAUAUAUAUUUGGUCAGUUAUUCCGAUUGGAGCAAUGUUUGCUAUGACACUCUGGCUUGGGAACACAGCUUACCUGUAUAUUUCUGUUUCAUUUGCUCAGAUGUUGAAGGCUAUCAUGCCGGUAGCUGUUUUCAUUCUUGGAGUAGCAGCUGGACUUGAAGUGAUGAGCUGCAGGAUGCUUCUCAUAAUGUCUGUCAUCAGUUUUGGUGUACUAGUGGCUUCUUAUGGAGAAAUUAAUAUCAAUUGGAUCGGUGUUGUCUACCAAAUGGGAGGUGUUGUUGGAGAAGCCUUGAGGCUUAUAUUCAUGGAGAUUCUGGUAAAGAAGAAGGGCCUCAAGCUAAACCCCAUAUCUGUUAUGUACUACGUCAGCCCAUGCAGUGCUAUUUGCCUUUUAGUUCCAUGGAUAUUCUUGGAGAAACCGAAGAUGGAGGCACAAGGGACGUGGAGUUUUCAACCUCUUAUUCUAACCCUAAAUUCUCUAUGUACCUUUGCUCUCAAUCUCUCAGUUUUCCUUGUGAUCUCACAUACGAGUGCCCUCACCAUUCGUGUGGCUGGAGUCGUCAAAGAUUGGGUGGUUGUGCUACUAUCAGCUCUUAUAUUCGCAGAUACAAAACUAACACUCAUCAAUAUUUUUGGUUAUGCUAUUGCCAUUGGAGGGGUGGCUGCAUACAACAAUCACAAGUUGAAGAAAGAAGCUUCGCGAACAAGCACCAACGACGAGUCUGAGCCUACUCAAUCUAUACCAUUGGUUUCUUCAAAUUCUGACAAAUAGAUGCAAGGGGUAGUUCUGACAGUAUGAUUUAGCGGUAAUUUCUUCACUUUUAAAUGUGUUAUAGACCAGAUAGCUGCUCUGCAACAUCCGGGGACAUUGGCACGUGUAUUGUUGCUGCUGCUGCUUCUGAACUGUGUACUGUGUGUAGUGUACAUGACUACAGUAGAUACGAAGAAGAAGAAGAAGAAGAAGAAACAGGCAACACGAGAAUUACAGUGUUUUACAUGAUUUCAUGGAAAGGAUGGACAAAACCACAAAGGAGUUGUUGAUAAAUGGGAAUGAAUGAUUGAAUACUCAUUUAUGGAUUUUUUUUUUUUUUUUUGGCUUUUUGUUGUAUUAUGUAAACAAUUGGUUUUGUAUAGUGUAUAUUACACUGCUGCAAACUUGCAUUGAGAGACAAGAAUGGAAUGGAUGUUGUCUUUUUUAA